CUCCUAGCUGUUUUCGGCGUGAAAGAUGCCGGGUCUGGCAGCUGCAAGCCCUACCCCGUCUGAGUCACAGGAGAAAAAGCCGCUCAAGCCCUGCUGCGCCUGCCCAGAGACCAAGAAGGCGCGCGAUACGUGCAUCAUCGAGAAAGGAGAAGAGCACUGUGGACACCUAAUUGAGGCCCACAAGGAGUGCAUGAGAGCCCUGGGAUUUAAGAUAUGA